GGCUCGUGGUGUUCGGCCAUACAGAAAACAAGUGGGUUGAGUUACGCGCAAACGGUCCGCGCGUGUGCCACGAACGGAGAGAGAGGUUAUAUACCACGUUAGUGUCAUCGGUGUUUUGGAAAAACACGCGGGUGACACCAGUGCGAGGGAAACACGCGCCUUUAAGCGCGCAGCGGGGUAGCCGGAGGAAACGUCAGAUCGGCCAGUGCCCGAGUGCCACCGGCUUGUUGUCAAAAUGGCGUCAAAGGGGAAGCUAGCUGCUGAGCAACAUGGCCGCUCAGACUCAUACAGGGUCGCAACGUUACCCAACAUUCGCGACGACAACAAAACCGCAGAUGGAAUGUACAAGUCGCGGCGGAAGAACCCAAAGCGGAGGGGGGAAAAUUUAGAUGACCUGAAGCAAGAGUUGGACAUAGACUUUCACAAAAUCUCUCCCGAAGAACUGUAUCAGAGAUUUCAGACGCACCCCGAAAACGGCCUCAGCCACGCGAAAGCGAAGGAAAAUCUGGAAAGAGACGGGCCGAACGCUCUAACACCGCCGAAACAAACGCCGGAAUGGGUGAAAUUCUGUAAGAACUUGUUCGGCGGUUUCGCCCUACUGUUAUGGAUCGGUGCGAUCCUCUGCUUCAUCGCGUACUCGAUCCAGGCCACGACGAGCGAGGACCCGAACGACGACAAUCUCUACUUGGGCAUCGUCCUGGCGGCGGUCGUAAUAGUCACGGGUAUAUUCUCGUAUUAUCAGGAAAGUAAAUCGAGCAAGAUUAUGGAGUCGUUCAAAAACAUGGUACCGCAAUUCGCCACCGUGAUCAGGGAAGGUGAGAAACUCACUUUGCGUGCGGAGGACCUCGUGCUGGGUGACGUCGUUGAGGUUAAAUUCGGCGACCGGAUACCGGCCGACAUCAGGAUCAUCGAAUCCCGUGGAUUCAAAGUGGACAACAGCUCGCUGACCGGCGAGUCCGAACCGCAAUCGAGAUCACCCGAGUUCACGAACGAGAACCCGCUCGAGACGAAGAAUCUCGCAUUUUUCUCAACAAACGCGGUGGAAGGCACGGCGAAAGGCGUGGUGAUCUGCUGCGGCGAUCAGACGGUAAUGGGACGGAUCGCGGGUCUUGCAUCCGGCCUUGACACUGGUGAAACGCCGAUCGCCAAGGAAAUCCAUCAUUUUAUUCAUCUCAUCACAGGCGUUGCGGUCUUCCUAGGUGUCACGUUCUUCGUCAUUGCCUUCAUUCUCGGUUAUCACUGGCUCGACGCCGUUAUCUUCCUAAUCGGUAUCAUUGUGGCGAACGUACCGGAAGGUCUUCUAGCUACCGUCACUGUGUGUCUCACCCUGACCGCCAAGCGUAUGGCCUCCAAGAACUGCCUAGUUAAGAAUCUCGAGGCCGUGGAAACCUUGGGUUCGACCUCGACCAUUUGCUCGGACAAGACCGGAACGCUCACGCAGAAUCGUAUGACGGUGGCGCACAUGUGGUUCGACAAUCAGAUCAUUGAUGCCGACACUACGGAAGAUCAGUCCGGUUUGCAGUACGACCGCACCAGUCCAGGAUUCAAGGCGUUGGCCAAAAUCGCUACUUUAUGCAAUCGCGCCGAGUUCAAGCCCGGUCAGGAAGGCGAACCAAUCCUCAAGCGAGAAGUGAACGGCGACGCUUCCGAGGCCGCGUUACUCAAGUGCAUGGAAUUGGCGUUGGGCGAUGUUAUGGGCAUUAGAAAACGCAACAAGAAAGUCUGCGAGAUUCCGUUCAAUUCAACCAAUAAGUAUCAAGUAUCCAUACACGAGUCGGACGAUCCUAACGAUCCGAGACAUCUGUUAGUAAUGAAAGGCGCUCCGGAAAGAAUUCUCGAUAGAUGCUCAACCAUAUUCAUCGGCGGCAAGGAAAAAGUUCUCGACGAGGAGAUGAAGGAGGCGUUCAACAACGCGUACUUGGAACUGGGCGGACUUGGUGAAAGAGUGCUCGGCUUCUGUGAUUACACACUGCCGUCCGAUAAGUUCCCGGUUGGCUUCAAGUUCAACUGCGAUGAUCCCAACUUCCCGGUCGACGGGCUCCGCUUUGUGGGCCUGAUGUCUAUGAUCGAUCCGCCCCGGGCUGCCGUGCCCGACGCGGUCGCCAAGUGCCGUUCCGCCGGCAUUAAGGUCAUCAUGGUAACCGGUGACCAUCCGAUCACUGCCAAAGCCAUUGCCAAAUCUGUCGGCAUCAUCUCUGAAGGUAACGAGACCAUCGAGGACAUUGCGCAACGAUUGAAUAUUCCAGUAUCCGAAGUAAAUCCUCGUGAAGCUAAAGCCGCCGUCAUUCACGGAACCGAACUCAGGGAACUGAACUCUGACCAAUUGGAUGAGAUUCUCAGAUACCACACUGAAAUUGUGUUCGCCCGUACCUCGCCUCAGCAGAAGCUCAUCAUUGUUGAAGGCUGCCAGCGAAUGGGCGCAAUUGUUGCCGUAACUGGUGACGGUGUGAAUGAUUCGCCUGCUCUGAAAAAGGCUGACAUCGGUGUUGCCAUGGGCAUCGCCGGUUCGGACGUGUCCAAGCAAGCGGCUGACAUGAUUCUGCUCGACGACAACUUUGCCUCGAUUGUAACAGGCGUUGAGGAGGGUCGCUUGAUUUUCGACAACCUGAAAAAGUCAAUUGCGUACACCCUGACCUCGAACAUCCCCGAGAUCUCGCCCUUCCUGGCGUUCAUCCUCUGCGACAUUCCUCUGCCGCUGGGUACCGUCACCAUUCUCUGCAUCGAUCUUGGAACCGACAUGGUGCCGGCCAUCUCGCUAGCCUACGAGGCACCGGAGUCGGACAUUAUGAAACGGCAGCCACGCGAUCCUUACAGAGACAAUCUUGUCAACCGAAGGCUUAUUUCGAUGGCAUACGGUCAAAUCGGCAUGAUUCAAGCUGCGGCCGGUUUCUUCGUUUACUUCGUAAUCAUGGCUGAAAACGGAUUCUUGCCCACGUAUCUGUUCGGGAUUCGAAAACAAUGGGACUCCAAGGCCAUCAAUGAUCUUACCGAUAGCUACGGCCAGGAGUGGACCUACAGGGAUCGCAAGACAUUGGAGUUCACCUGUCACACAGCUUUCUUCGUGUCGAUCGUGAUCGUACAGUGGGCUGAUCUGAUUGUUUGCAAAACACGUCGCAACUCGAUUAUUCACCAAGGAAUGAGAAACUGGGCUCUGAACUUCGGUCUCGUAUUCGAGACCGCCCUCGCUGCGUUCCUAAGUUACACGCCCGGCAUGGACAAGGGUCUUCGUAUGUUCCCACUCAAAUUCGUAUGGUGGCUACCAGCUCUGCCAUUCAUGUUCGCUAUCUUCAUUUACGACGAGACGAGACGAUUCUACCUCCGCCGAAAUCCAGGCGGUUGGCUCGAGCAAGAAACUUACUAUUAAACACAGCGAGGAUUAAAAUCACACGCAUGCAAAGCGCGCGCGCAAGAGGAUGAGUGAACGUACGAGAGAGCGAGAGCGGGAGAGAAAGAAGCCGAGAGAGAAUGAUGAUGAGAGAGAAUGAAAAAACGCAUACUCACACUCUUGAGAGAUAUAUCGGAACAAAGACAGAAAAAUAAAUAAAUAAAAAAAAUUUUAAAAAUUAAAAAAAAACAAAUCACUCAUGUUGAACAGAUAAAAAAAAAAAAAAAAAAACACGUUUCACGAGAGAUGUGCUAUUGGGUCUGUCCGCGUGAUCGAAAGAAACAAACAAACGGGAAAAUGGACAAGGAAAGGUGCGUUUAAGUUUCGGCGCUGACUUUCACACGGCGAAAGACGCGCGAGAUUUAUUUAUGUUUAGACACGGAGAAGACCCUCUAGCGUCAUAGGUGCAGCGCAAGGUACAAAAAACAAAAAAACAAAAAAAAAAACAAAUAAUAAAGCACGCUCGUCGUUCUGGCUUUGCUGCCAAUUGCUUGCACGCGCGUGUCGAGUUCCGUAGAAGUCGCAGAAAUUGUUCGGGAGAUCGUCAAGAAGAUUGAUCAUCACUAUGCAGACGAUGCCGACGACGGGAAAGCCGCGCUUUCCGCCUCGCGUUCAACGACACGUUGGCUACGAAGCUUUCCGCUGACGAUUGGUACUAACUGCUGGUGCUGUUCAAUUCUUGGACGGGAAUUAUGCUCUGCGAGUGUCGCUCGAAGAUGGAACGAAGAAAGCAAGACAAGAGCAAAAACCGAAAAGGGGAGAAUAGGAAGUCGCCGAGAUAAGUAGCGCUGCAGUGCGACUGGUGCACAAGUGUCAGGCCUAAAGAAAUGUGGUAAACGUGAUGUAGUAGAAACGCGAGAAGAAGAAGAAAAAGAAGAAAAAGAGAAGAAGAAGAAAAAGAAGAAAAAGAAGAAAGUCCGACCGAGGAACGACAGAGAGGAGAUCCGGAACGUUAACGAGAACGAACACACACUUGAACAGAGACGCGGCGUUAACGUGCGAUAGAGAAUCACGAAAUCACGUGCAUUCUUAUGCAUGCCGAAUGCAGAUUAUUACAUCUUAACGCGACUUCUGAUUAAUUAGUGUAUUAUCGUAGACACCAUUUGCGUUACCGAGAAAAAAAAAAAAAUAAACUUCGUACUAGGCUUUCGUUGAUCGUCGAUCAAUACGCGCAAAUACCGCUACGUUAAGAUCGGCACGCGUAACACGCCCUUUCAUUGAAGGGAAGAAUUUCACAAGUUGAAGGUAAGAGGAAGGAAAAAAAAGACUCGCGUAAAGAAUAAUAAAACAUACAAUUACGAGACACAAACAACAACAACAACAAAAAAAAAAAAAACAAGAGCAAACCAAAAACAGAAGUGCUCAAUAUGUAACAAGAGAAACCGUUAAAAAUAAAAAUAAAAAUAAAAAAAAAAAAACCAGAAUUUUUAGGUAUCUCACAUGACACCGAAGUACUUCGUAAUAAAACUCUAAUUAAUUGUUAAUUAUAUAAUGAAGGACCUGUGGUAUGAUAGAUAUCGGCACAGUCUAUAGUUAUACUAAAAAUAACUAUAGUUAUAAUAACUAAAAAUACAGGGGAGAGCGUUAUUAUAUGAGGUAAAUAACUAAAUAAAGUAAUAAAUAAAAAAAAAAAAAAGAAAAAUAUAAUUAUAAAAUAAAGUCUCAUUCGCAGUAUUCUCAUUAUUAUUGAUAAAACGAUAUCCGUUCGGUUUCGAGUCUUAAUAACAAGUAGCUGUCAGAGAAACAAAAAACAAAAAAAAAAAAAAACGGCAAAAGCGUAGUUUCAGUAGUUACGACUCUUACUGCGGAGAUAAUAUCACACUACAUACGCGAACACACACGGGAAAGAACGGGGCGGGUGAAAGGUAAGCUCGAUGAUUGGAUCUGAGAGUUUGUUGGUACUUUAAUAAUCUCGAGAUCGAGAGCAGUGGGAAGAACGAUAUCGGUGACGUGAUAUAGAACAACGGUAUAUUAUAAAUACUUUUAUCAAUUGGAUCACGCUUCCAAUUGAAGACACGUUGAGAAUUAAAAGUUGAAACGAUAUGUUAUUUAUCUUAAAUACGAUACUGAAUGUGUCGCGCGCGUAAAAAAGUGAUAAUGUACUUACGUCAAGACUGUCCAAAACGAAAGACACACACACACCCACACACACAGAUACACAAAUUUUGGAAUAAUUAGUUCUAUAUUUCGCUUGUAUAAGAUUGAAGAUUUUGCAAAUGUCGUUGAACAUUUUCAAUGUAAAGCAAUUUCAUUUAAAAGGUUUGUCAGUGCAAUCAGUCUUGUGUUUUUGUAUCUAUUGGUGCUUGCUCUAACACAAAUGUUAAUGUCUGCAAUUUUGAAUUGCACAAAACUCCGAUGUGUUUAUGGUAUGUGGAUGCUGCCGCGGCUCCAUUGAGUUCAGUAUCAUAUUUAAGAUAACACUCGGAUAGCAGAGCGGUGGUAGAUCGCGGCCUGGUUGCCGGCGAAUCGAGAAAAACAAAAAACAAAAAAAAAUGAAGAAGAGAACCUGCUGCCAUUCGAGAGCCAUUUAUUAAUUAUAUGAAUCGCGAAACGUUAUUGAUUAACGCGAAGAAGAGACGAGAGAGAGAAAGAGAGAGAGAGAGAGAGAGUGCACUAUGCAAGAUACAAAACGAGAGAGAAAGAGUGAGAGAGCAGGCCGGAAGAGCGGAGAAAGUUGGAAAAAAAAAAAGACCUUCUUACUAGAUAAAAGCUAAUUGAUGAAUAUUAAAAAAUUCAUUUUCUUAGGUUCUCAUAGAUUUAAAAAUGCCAGCGGGACAGCUCGCUAUAAAUUACUGACCCCCCGCAACGCGGAACGUCCUGUGCAGCUGCAAAAACAAAACAAAACAAAACAAAACAAAAACAAAAUCGUGAUCAUCUCUGUCAGCCAGUCGGCGAGCGCGCUGUCCCUGUGUGUGCAUGUGGUAUGCGUGCGCGUGUUGUGUGUGGUGCAUGUAGUGUUGAAAAUUACAACAACAACAACAACAACAACAACAACAACAACGGUGACUUAAAAUGUCUGCCACGCGACUUUCUUUCGGGCCGGGACGAUCCGAGACUUCUCUCAUCGAUUCUCGCAAAACAAAACCGGACACAAUAUAUAUAUAUAUACACAUUAUAUUCUUUCUCUUCGUCUCCGAUCUCUCUCAGUCGUUGCCCGCGUUCGUCGUGGGGCAGGGGGGGAGGGGAAGAAGAGAAGGAUCACGAGCAAUAUUCGAGUGAACGAACUUUUUUUUUUUUUUUAACGAUAGACGACACCUGGAACAGUUACGUUGGCUAAUUGCGAAAGAUGAUGAGAUCUUUUAAAUACGGUCAUCUAUCGUUAAAUAAUUGCGUGAAACACUAUACCGAAGGUAUUCAAUUCAACGCGUGACAAUUGCCAUUUUCUGAAUUAAUAAUAAUAACGCUUGUUUUCAUUUGCGCGCGUUAGAGCAAAUGUAUCUUGCACAAUCAAGUGUCUGCGCAAUCAGCAAGAAAAAACAAAAAAACACUCGCUUGAUACACACACACUUAGGUAGCGAUUUCGUCAGUUAUUACGAAGAAAAUGGAAAAAAAAAAAAUACUACAAUUGCAUCGUUGCGACAUAUCGUGUUUAUUGUGUUCUACGCGCGAGGAAAAAUCCGUCUUUUCUUGUCGAUUGUGAGAUCUCCGAGAGUUCUUCGGCGAACGCGGGCUAAUGAAAAAAAAAAAAAAAAAAAAAAAAGAAAGAAAAAAAAACAACAAACGUGACCACUCGCUCGGCAUCCCAGGCCCCAAAACUACCCCAAGUGUUCAAUAAUCUCGAGAUAUUCUCGAAUUACCUCGUACACGCGCGCGCGCGUUAUAUUAAAACAUGCGAAACACGUUCUUCCUUCCUCGCCGGGUUUCCUCCAUCCGGUGACGCCGCUUCUCGAAGUCAUCGUGCAACAACAACAACAACUACUACUACUACUUACUGGACGGUAUCGCGAGCGUGCGUUUUCUCGAUCAUCCGUGGCUUAAUUGUUUUUUUUUUUUUUUUUUUUCUCCCGUUAUUUUUUUCUUUCAUUUUAGAGAUACAAAACGCGCGCAUGAGAUGAUUGUGUGGAAAAACCGCGUUCUGAACGCGCGAACGACGAGACACACGAACCUCUCAAGACUACACACACGGAAGAAAGAGUCUCCGAAGAGCGGAAAGACAUUUUUAAAACGUGGAACGUGUACAAGAAUCAGAAAUUAAAGCAACGACAUCGAUUAUAAAUUCCUACGUCGUGUUCUCAGCGCGCGAGCGAGAGAACAAAGCGGGACGCGUUGUUUCUUUCUCGAAGAGAAAAACGGAUUUUCUCAGCUUUAAACGUGUGUGCAACGGUAAAGAAGCCGUUAUAGAGUCGCGAAAUGUUGAGCGAAGUCGAAAAUCGGCAACUCUUGGAAAUUCGCGAUGCUUCAAAAAGUAUAUACAUUACACACAUUACACACCAUACAUAUAUCCGUCUGCCAUCGGUCCAAACGGUGAAUUUCGCGCGCGAAGUGUUUAAUUAUGCGCGAACACGUUCGUUCAACCGUAGCGUUUUCAGAUUGAUCGACGCAGAUCCCGAUUUUAAAAUGAAAAUUCCUCCUAUGUCUGUAUCAUAGAUAGAAAAUGUAAUUUUAGAAUGACACUGCGCGAAUGGCCGAGUCGAAAAACUUCAAUUUGUAGAACUCGAUUUGUAGCGUCGUGACGUGUUGUGGUUCUUCGUCGUAAAGUAAUAAUAAUAAUAAAAAAUAAUAAAAAAAAAACAACAAAAAAUAAACAUAUUAUUGAUCGUUCCUGUCACAACGAAAAUGCGAAGAUUUAUUAAAAUGCUCUUCGUGAACACGCGACUGUUAUAAACUUAAUGGAUCAUCAACUUUCCGGAUCGAAUGCGAGUCAGAAAAAAAAAAAAAAA